AUGGAUGGAAGAAAUCAUUUGGUGGUGUCUGAGUUUUUGUUGCUGGGAUUUACCAGUUCUUGGAAGAUGCAGAUUCUUGUUUUUCUGUUUUUCAUGAUAUUUUAUAUAGCAAGUAUGCUGGGUAACCUUCUCAUGAUGCUCACAAUCAUCUCAGAUCAUCACUUACAUUCCCCCAUGUACUUUUUACUGGCAAAUCUCUCCUUCAUCGACACAGGUGUUUCCAGUGUUGCAACCCCCAAAACGAUUUAUGACCUUUUCCGAAAAUGUAAGCUUACCUCCUUGAAAGACUGCAUUACUCAGAUGUUCUUCAUUCACACAGUUGUGGGUACAGAGAUGGUGCUUCUCAUAGUCAUGGCCUAUGACCGAUACAUUGCCAUCUGUAAGCUCCUCCACUACCUGACCAUCAUGAGCCUGAGAGUGUGCAUUUCUCUUUUUGCUGUUGCUUGGACCAUUGGCCUCAUCCACUCUGUGGUCCAACUGGCUUUUGUUGUAAACUUACCGCUUUGUGGUCCCAACAAAAUGGACAGUUUUUAUUGUGAUUGUCCUCGGUUCAUCAAACUUACAUGUACAGAUACAUAGAGACUAGAAUUUUUGGUCACUGCCAGCAGUGGUUUCAUCUCCAUGGGCACUUUCUUCAUUUUGAUCGUGUCCUACAUCUUCAUACUGGUCACUGUCCGUAAACACUCUUCAGGUGGUUCAUCCAAGGCUCUCUCCACUCUCUUAGCUCACGUUACGGUGGUGGUCUUUUUCUUUGGUCCUUGCAUUAUUGUCUAUGUGUGGCCAUUCCCUACCUUACCUAUAGAUAAAUUUUUAGCCAUCUUUGAUGCCCUUAUCACUCCUUUUAUGAUUCCUAUCAUCUACACAUUUAGAAAUAAGGAGAUGAAAGUGGCAAUGAGCAGAGUGUUUGGUAAAGUUUUAAGUCUCAGGAAGAGUUCUUUCAUGCACCAUCUAGGAAAUUCAAGUUCUUCUUGA